AUGUCUAGACCCCCAGGGGCGCCCACCAAAGCAUGCCGCGCGUGCCAUCGAGCGAAACGGAAAUGCGGGAAGCAGAUGCCCCUUUGCGCGCGAUGCAGGAAGAGCGGCAUCGAGUGCACGUACCCAGCAUCCAAGCCGUCUUGCUUCGUGCUUUGCGAUGGCUUCGGUCUCAAUGAUGCCCCUAGGUUUUCUUUUGACGCUAUUAGUACUACCGACUUGUCGUUGCCGUUGCCACUACCAUACGGUGAUGCCGGCCCGGGAGUUGCUUCGGGCUCUUUUUUGGGUGGUCAAAUAGCUGAUGGGCACGCCGAGAGAUUUUCUCUUGAUUUUAAUUUACCGGGAUUUCCUGGUGCGCUAUCUGAUAACAGCAGUGUUGGGGGUUGCCAGUCUCUCCCUUGUGGUUGGCUCGGACCGUCAGAGGUGCCCACGGCAUCGAUCGUACCGACAGAGGAGUAUGAGCCUUUCCCGCAACCAGAGGGGACCACGCUGCGCUCGAGUGACCUUAAGCGCCAUGUCUCCAAAAUCAAUCGUUGGUUUCAACAGUGGGUUAACACGGGCAGCAAUCCGUUCAUCCACAAGCAACUGUACAGGACACACUUCCCACGUUGUAUGCAGGAUGCGUACAUGGCUCUGUCGUGCUAUCUGAAGAAGACGCCGUCGAAUGAGCAGGUGGUUUUGCGAAUCAUUGAGGAGCGCGCGACACAGCUGUUGCAAGAUUAUGCUGUUUCUGCAGUAGAAGCUUCGCCGGACCAACACACUAGUAGUACGCCGAAUCCUAUAGACUGUCUGGAGUAUGUUGCUCGGGUACAAGCUUUGUUGGUAUACCAGUUUCUGGGUCUCUAUGACGGUGACAUCCGAAUGCGGUUUGUCGCAGAGAGUCGUAUUCCAGCGCUAUAUUCUUCGGUCCAACAGUUGCUAGACCGUUACACCCGCACAACACACCCAGGCAACACAUUGAACUCGCCAGCGCGGCGGGAUCGAGUUUCCUUUGGUUCGGCGGAGUUGCCCACCUUAUGCUCUGCUCACCUCGCCUGGGACGAUUGGAUACUUGCCGAGACGAUUCGACGGACGGCGAUAGUUGCUUGUGGUGUUCAAGCAGUAUACUUGGUGUUGCAGCAGAGUGGAUCAAUGCCUUGCCAGACGAAUAUUACGUACACCCCUCAGAAAGAAGCUUGGGAGGCGGACUCGUCGCUAGCAUGGGAGAAGGUGUCCUCAACGAAGGACAUGACUUUAGUGCAAAUUACGGACACUAAGCAGGUGUUUACAAGCGUUGGACUCGAGAAUGUCGAUGAUUUUACAAUGCUCAUUUUGGAAAUGCGAAACGGCAUAGACUAG